AUGUCUUCUGCCACUACUCGGCAGAGGCCGUCGUCUUUUGAAAGUCAGGAUAAGGAUACUGCUUCUACAACGAAUGUAAAUUAUAUGGAUUUUCAAGGCCGGUUGCCCCAAAUGGUAUGGGAAGCAGGUAGUAAACAAGUUCAAGAUACGUUUAUAUCUUACGGACGACUUGAUUUAUUCAGGCCAUAUUUUAAUGUUCUUCCCAAACAGGUGCGGUCUCGUCUGAUACAGUCUUUUAUACCAAGGAAGCCAUCAAAAAUAUCAGUAGCUACAGAUUUGUAUGGUCCGUUAAUGAUAAUAUUAACGCUUGUUGCGCUUCUUCUUUUUUCUAUGAAAUCUUCCGGUUAUGUUGUACAAGACGGAACAUUAAUGGGUACUGCAUUAGUUACUUGCUUUGGAGCAUGGUUUCUCAUAUCGCUUUUAAUCUCGACUAUGACGUACAUUCUUAGUACUGAUGUUACAUCGCUAUAUAUCUUUACAACAUUUGGGUAUUCAUUGUUUGGACACUGCAUCGUGAUCUUCUUGACAACCGUAUUUCACCCUCUUCAUUCUCACUUAUUUUUUUACCUUUUGGUCUUCAUUUUCUGCUUCCCAUCAGCAGCUAGAGUGAGUUUGUUUUUGUGUUCCAAGACAAGAGAUAAUUCUCACAAAAUUGCACUAGCGGCUACGGUAUUUGUUCUUCAUAUAGGUUAUAUAUGUUAUCUGCAUUUUGGCUUUCAUACAGUGCUUGAAGGUGAUCAUUUUUUUCUGUUUUUUUUAGAUGUUAUUUUAAAUGAUUUCCGUGUUUGA